CGCAAAUAGGAUAAAAUGAAGCCACAAUACAAAGUUGCCGAUAUCAACCUUGCUGAAUAUGGCCGCAAAGCUAUCAUAAUCGCGGAGAAUGAGAUGCCUGGCCUCAUGGCCAUUCGUAAGAAGUAUGGACCACAAAAGGUGUUGAAGGGUGCACGUAUUGCUGGCUGUCGCCAUAUGACAGUACAAACCGCCGUAUUGAUAGAGACACUCGUGGAGCUGGGCGCAGAAGUUCAAUGGUCAAGCUGUAAUAUAUUCAGUACACAAGAUCAUGCAGCUGCAGCUAUCGCGAAGACUGGCGUACCAGUUUAUGCCUGGAAGGGUGAGACCGAUGAGGAAUAUUUAUGGUGCAUUGAGCAGACCCUGGUAUUCGCUGAUGGUAAGCCAUUGAAUUUGAUCCUCGAUGAUGGUGGCGAUUUGACUAACUUGGUGCACGAAAAGUUCCCACAGUACCUCAAAGACAUCAAGGGCUUGAGCGAAGAAACCACAACCGGUGUACAUAAUUUGUACAAAAUGAUGAAGGAAGGUCGACUAGGUGUUCCUGCCAUCAAUGUUAACGACUCGGUGACGAAGAGUAAAUUCGAUAAUCUAUACGGUUGUCGCGAAUCGCUAAUUGAUGGUAUUAAGCGCGCCACAGACGUCAUGAUCGCUGGUAAAGUAUGCUGCGUCGCCGGCUACGGUGAUGUCGGCAAAGGUUGCGCACAGGCGUUGCGAGGCAUUGGCGGACGUGUUAUUGUAACAGAAAUCGAUCCCAUAAUCGCUUUGCAGGCUGCAAUGGAAGGCUAUGAAGUUACCACAAUGGAAGAGGCAUGCAAGGAAGCGACUAUUUUUGUAACCACCACUGGCUGCAAGGACAUCAUCACUGGCGCCCACUUCCUACACAUGCCCGACGAUGCAUUCGCAUCUAUAAUAUUUCUGCUUAUUAUUUUUCUUAGUCACGUUUCUAUGGCUUAA